UCGUGGAAACGUUCUAUUGUCUGUGCCGGGCGGGGUUAGAUGGAUUUGGUGGAGUUGCUUUGGUAAUGUGAAAAUGGCACACUGAGGGGGUUGCUAAUCGCAGGGAGGGAAAAGGUUAAUACAAACCCCACACCCACACCAUUAACGUUUCACUCAAGAGGAGGGUCACUGUUUUUGAACAGCAAGCUGUUCUCUUUAAAUACAGAUUGGCUGGGAGCGCUGAAAAUAAAAAUAGAAGUACAAAAAAGUUUUAGGUUAAGUGAAACGCCGCUGAGAACUGAGUCAGCCACAUCGAAGAGACCUCAACACUGUUGCACAUUUUAAAUAUAUUCACUUACUUUAGGUUUUUUAAAUUCGAUAUUUGAACAUGGUUCUGUUCCAACGUAGUCUAAUCAGAAGCCUGGUACAGGGCCAACUGAGCCUGUGUGCACCGCUUUCCGGGAAUGAGAGCUCUGUUCCGGCGUGGUGUUCAGCAAGGAGCCGCCACAGAAACAACAGACUCGGGUGCUACACCACAUCAGUGAUUGCAGGUGUGUCUGAGCGCACCCUGAUCGCAGUCAAGCCAGAUGGUGUCCAGCGGAGACUCGUCGGUCAGAUCGUCCAGCGAUUUGAGCAAAGGGGCUUCAAACUGGUUGGCAUGAAGCUACUGCAGGCUCGGGAGGACAUCCUGUCCCAGCACUACCACGACCUGCACAAGAAACCCUUCUACCCCAACCUGCUGCGUUACAUGAGCUCCGGGCCCGUGGUCGCCAUGGUGUGGGAAGGGCACAAUGUGGUUCGGACAUCUCGUCUGAUGGUGGGAAAUACAAACCCAGCAGAGGCAUAUCCGGGCACCAUCCGAGGAGACUACAGUGUGCACAUCAGCAGGAAUGUGAUCCACGCCAGUGACUCUGUGGAGGGAGCCCAGCGCGAAAUUCAUCUGUGGUUCGACCGUCGGGAGCUGGUGGACUGGGAUUGUUGUGACCACAGCAGCUCUUACCAAGUGUGAAGAGGGCGGCAGUGGGGGAGGUGUGCACAGGGCCUGACUGCGACAGGCACAGCAGCAGGGCAACUAGACAACUACCUCGAUUUUAACCAGUGGCAAACCGUUCUCAUCUCCUAACUGAACAGGCCCCCUUUCCGACACCCUAUCACACACGACUUUCCCAAAGCCUCUCCCCAAUGACGUUUCCAGCGUAACUGCAAGGAAACCCAGGAACUGGACCUGCUACCUGAAAAUGGUACAGCACAAGGAUUCUGCAACGCAACACUUUACUGUGUACAGAUUUACACCUAAAACAACCACAUACAGUAUUUCAAUUUUCACUCUGUUUCGGGGUGAAGCAACUGCUUGUAGCUGCUGCAGGUACUUUGUUUAAUAUUGAACACACUGGCAUGAGUUCAAUCAAAGUUUAUGGUUUUGCCAUAGCUAUUACAGUUAUGGUGGCAACAGCAUAUUUAUUAAACCCGGGCUUGUUUGCCAAGAUGCAGGUUAGUACUGUUAGUUGUGUUUGCAUAUAGGAUGGCCUGCACACUGGGUAACCUGAUCCUGCAGCAGUUGCUUUUAUACUAGUGCCUUUUUGGUUUUUUGGUUUUUUUUUUUUAAAGAUGGGUCGGAGCUUCACUUCAAGGUUUUUCUAAAAUGCUUCAAUCUUUGGCUGGUGGGGUGGGGGUCAUCCAUGUCUAGUUUUAAUUGUUCAUGAAAUGUUUGAAUCCUAUACAGUGUGUGCACAAUUAAAGGAUUUUCUGAAGUCUUGAUUAA